AUGAUAGCAACAACAUCCCUUCUAUCCCUAGUCAUCCUCCUCAUCUCCACUCCUACCUCCGUCUCCGCACAUGGCGUCGUAGCCAUCGUCUCCGUCGACGGAAAGGCUUACAAGCAAAACCUUCCCGGCACACCAUCUCCCUUCGCCUCUGCAACGCGCCUCAUUACAACAGUCGAACCAGUCAAAGGCGCUGCCAACGCCGACACCCUAUGCGGCCCCACCGGCAACCACAACACGCAAUUCGCUGCGCAGACACUCCAAGUCAAUCCCGGCGCGAAGAUGGAGUUCGACUGGAGGGGAGGUGAUAUGAGUUUCUGGCCGCAUAACACGGGACCUAUGUUGACGUACAUGGCGAGUUGCGGCGACGAGGGGUGCGAGAACUUCGAUGCCACACAGGCGCGGUGGUUCAAGAUCCAACAAGUCGCGAGGAAGCAAAGUGGUGAUCGGGCGUGGGCCCAGGUGGAUCUCAUGUCCGGCGCCACGGCAGCAGUGACAAUCCCCAAGAACAUAGCCCCGGGGAACUACCUCAUCCGCCACGAGAUCAUCGCUCUCCAUCUGGCAACCCAGCGCGGUGGGGCUGAAUUCUACCCAUCCUGUACGCAGAUCAGAAUCACCGGCAACGGUAGUGGGAAGCCGACGAACAGUGAGAUGGUCAAGUUCCCGGGCGCGUACAGCGACGAUGAUCCAGGUAUCUUCUUUCCUGGCACCUUUGACCCGGACGCUCGAUACGUGUAUCCCGGGCCUCAGAUUGCGGCGUUCGUCACUUCGCCGGGGUCCUCGAACAACGCGGACAACGAUUCCCCUGUCUCGACGUCUGCUUCCUCCACCGCCUCCAACCCCAACGCCUCCCCGUCCUCCACCCCUUCAACAUCGUCCGGUACCUCCACCAAUUCUGAUUCGUCGUCUUCAGGAUACCACAGCCAAUGCCACCUCAAGCGACGCGCUCCCUCACAAAACGACUCAGCUACUAGGCUAUCGGCUCGAUCGUCACCGCCGGACAACUCGGCACCGAUGCGAAUCAGCCGUAUAAUGGUGCAGCAUCUGCGCAACCUGGGAUUGGGGGUUGGCGUGAACUUCAACGCGAACGGGCGGAACACGAAACGACGACAUUAG